AUGUCAUCGUUUAUACCAGAGAAUUUGGCAGAUGAUCCAAUCGCUUCUAAGAAGGAUUUAGAGGAGGAACAUACCAGGGAAUUGCAGAUUGAAGAAGCCUUCAGGAUAUUCCAGAGAGCUCUUGAACUACAACAAGCUUCACAAUUCGAAGAGGCGUACAAGUUGUACGAGAAUAUCUUUAAACUUGAGGUGGUAUCCAAUCAUUACUAUGAAGAGCAAGAUUAUAUAAAAGGACUUCAAAAUGGUGCUUGCAAUACCGUUGUCGACGAAUUAUCUUUCCUCUCACCGAAAGUGAAACAACUAAGGUACCUAGUUUUCCGUAAUCGAGGGUUCCUUUACUUCCAAAUGAUGAAAAAUCAGAAACUCGAGCUCGAGUCGCUGCAUAGUAGUGAAAAUGAUGACAUUGAAAGGUUCAAGCAAAUGUUUUACUCUAUGAUUGAUGAUUUUAUAAUCUGCUUUGUUUAUCAAGAAGUAGAUGAAGAAAUUUUGAAAGCCUUGUAUCAAAUCUUUUAUUAUUUGAAAGUCUUGAGAUUGGAGAGGUUCACCAUCGAAUAUUCAUUAAGUUCAUUACAGGAAAGUAAAGAAAUCUUAGGAUUGUUACCUGUGGACAAAUUUCUGGUCAUGAAGUUCGAACAUUUCAAAAGGAAAUUGAGUUUGGAAUUAGAUAACCCUAAAUUUCAACCUAAAGAACCUAAAGCUUCAUUUGAAGCAAAGAUAGAAAAAAAUCUUAAUUUUCUUGAACCAAUACGACAAGAUUUAGAGAAGCAAAAGGCUACAGCCAACUCUUUGCAUGAGGUAGAUGUCAACUUGAAUAAUAGCAAACUAGAUUGGUGCCAAGUUAUAGAGGCAUUGAACUCCAAGUUGAGACUGGUACAUGACAAAACUAAAAUACAAGACUUAGCGAGAUCUAAAUUGAGAAAUCCCGAUGGCUAUUUACUUAGUGAAAUUCCAAUAGAGAGAAUUAAUUUCAAUUUUCCUAAAUUAAAGGGCAUCGAAGAUGAAGAGGAAGAAGAAGAAAUUAUUCCCAGUGAAGUUGCGGAGUUAGACUCAGACAAAGAGGGCGAUGCUGUAGAAGAUUUAGUACAUGACGGCGGAGAAGAUGAGAAAGAGAUAGAAAAUAAUGCAGAGGUUGGAGAAAAAGUUGAAACACAACCAGAAACUCCUGGAGUGAAAGAAGAGGCUAAAAGUACCAAUGAAAAGCAUGAUGCAGCUGUUCCAAAGGAUGUUGACAAUGAACAUGUCCACGCAGAAACAAUGUACAAAGUUAGUACCAAUAUUACAGACUCUGAGAAAGUGUUAGAAACAAAAGAUGACAAGUUGGAAGAAAAUGGAGAUCAACUAAAACUCUCUGUGGAAAACAACCUGGAUGAGGAGAAUGAGGAAUUUUUCGAAAGUAAAGAAAAGUUUACCACUGCAGAGAGUAGCCCUCGGAAACCACGAACCAACAACCCGUUAGCAUUUAUAGAUGUUAAUGCUGCUGAAGUAAUCUCCACUAAUCUGGAAGAGGAUUCGGACUCUAAAAGGAGAACCAUGCAAAGAUCAUCUAAGCGACUCCAAAGAAGUGAAACACAAUCUGGGGCUAUUGAAAUAAAGAUAUCCGAAGAAACAUUCAUUGAGACUUCAAAAUUUUUUGAGCAAUUGAAUGAGUUCUUCGGUAAGGUAGACAGCAAAAUUAAACUCGAAAACAUUGUCGUAAAAUACGUGAAUGGUGAAACUGAUAGUAUAUUUGGCGAUUUCAUGAAAGCACUUAGCAAGUGGCUGAAAGUAUACACUCCUAACUUAUUUAUUAACUCGACCGGCUUACUGGACCAGAAGCUGAUCGUUUCUUCACAAGUUUCAAAUCAAUCACCCGACGGUGAGACAGUAGAUACAAACCAAGUCGUGGGAAGUGGUGCAGAAGGGACACUUUCACUGUCAGCUGAAGGACAGUCUAGUGCUGAAAUUGAGAAGCAGAGACUCUUAGAAGUCCUUAAUUCCUUUGACCUCAAAGCUAAAUCAUCUCAAACGCUCAGUGAUCCUGACAUAGCCGAAUUAUCUAGUAUUGAAACUCCGCUAGAAAUAAGAAAGUUUUUACAGGGAUCUCAAGAUGUGCAUUAUGACGACUUGAGAUUUUUAAUCAUCCAACGAUUUCUUCUGAAGAGUAAAGGAAACUCAUGCUUAAUCACCGACACUCGCUGGAACGCUAAACUCUUCAAAUUAGUUCAAGAAAUGGUUUUACAAUGCGAGAGCACUAUCCUAAAUAGGUGGAAAAAUCUACAUGGAUGUAGUAUCGAGAAAGCAGAUAUAAGUAUGGCAAUUGGAAUUUAUGAGGUUAUUGUAGAUUCGUUUAUGACUACCAGGGCAAGUUUGACAAGUACAUACAACUCGGCAAGUCGCAAAACUUUCAAAUCCAAUAAACAUACAAUCACAAACUUACACUUUGAAAUGUUGAAGUUCAAAGAUAAGUUGAAACGUUGGAAGUCAUUUAUCGAAGAUUACAUUUUCUUACUUAGAAAUGAAGAACUAGAGAAGGAAUUAUGGUACAGGUACCAAUGGGCAAUAACUUUUCACGAAAAGGCUUCUUCAGAAUCAUAUGAUUGUAGUUUCAUGUCAGUUAUUUUAGAAGAGAUGUUAGAAAAAGUUACUGCAAAUGAUGACUUAGGUAUUCAUAUACCUAUGCCAAACUAUGAUAAUAUCCUAGCCAUCUCUAUUGACACAAUUAAGUCGAGAAUGAACACAAUCUCAAUUUUAUCUGUUUUCUCCAAGAUUUUAAACAGUGAAGGAGAUAAUAACGAAGCAAUAUUGUUGUUAGAAAAAAUUUUAAUUGACCCAAAUGUGGAUCUGGGAUUAGACAACAAAAAGGUCUCAACUAGAUCGAGAACUCGCUCAAGAUCUCAAACACAGCAAGUAGUUUUGAAAAAGGAAAAUACUGAGCAAGUAGAGCAAUUGAUUGCCUCUAUAAAACCUAUUAAGGAAUUUUUGGACAACUCAAAAAUAGAUAUGAAGCUCAGCUUAUGGAAUAUCCUAUUUCUGUUUUACAGUGAAACCAACCUAUUAGAACAAUUUCAAAUGGGGUUUGAAAGGCUUCUUCAAUUCUUUUUAACAUACUUUAGGGGAAAUAGAUAUCGAAGUUUAGAUGAAAGUACACAAAAGAUUCCAACUUUGCUCAAAAUCCUAGGAUGCUAUGGAGAUUAUUUAGAAAUGCUAUUAGAGAAAUUGAAGACAAAUAAGUGGCGUUUGAAGGAUACGUCGUCAAUUAAUAAUAAUAUUUCAAACACGUUAAGGAGGUUAUUGAUAAUGUUCGAACUCUUGUACUUAUUUAGUCUUCAUGAAGAAUCGGCUAUAAUUUCAACUACCACUAUUUCCAUCAAGAGCUCAUCGACUAGAGUUUACGAAAAAUUAAAGGAUAUGCUUGUGCAUACAGUUUGCCUCAUUUUUAUAUACUAUUCUACCUUACUUAGAAGCAAAAAUCGGGAGCAAGUCAUGCAUAAUCUCAUUGUUAUGAUUCAUGAUCAGUUUGGAUUGCGAAGACUUUGUGCAUCAGGUAAGGGAUCAUUGCUCUCAUUGGCACAUGACACAUUGACUUCGUUGGGCCAGAGCACCACUUUUAAAGGAAACUGUGAGUUUGAUUUAAUUCAAAUUAUCAGUUGUCGCUACCAUUAUAAAUUGACUAUUGAUAAUUUUACGCCAAUAGAACAUGACACAGAUCAGCCUGUUGAUUUAGACCUAUCUUCGACUAUUGAAUUAUCUAAAUUGAUAUUGCCACUCUGUUUCAAGAAGAAUCCUAUACUCCAUCCUCCAAAAGCGGACAUGAAAAUGAUAAUUGAUGCUUUUUUUGAAGUCGUUGGAGAACCGGAGGUUGAAGCAAAUUCAGUUUUAACAAAAAAUAACCAAAGGAUAGAAUAUUUAUUCGAUUCCACGAUUAUAACUCCAAAAUUACUUCGUGAUUCUUUUCAUGGAUUAGUCAAUUGUGGUUUUGAGAAGAAUGAUACUUUAUCAAGUGUUGUUGUGGAUGGAUUAUAUUAUUUGCAAGGUUUAUUGGUCUUCACUUCAUACAAAAUCAGGAAGAAGUCUAUGCAGAGUAGAGCUGUGGAAUUAGAAACAAUAAUCAAACUAUUGAAAGAUGAUUUAAUGUAUGGAAGCAAUAGGGUAGAAAGUUGGUUUCUAUUGGGACAAGCUUAUGGAUAUCUAGUUGAGGAUGACUUGAUAUGGACUUCUGAUAAAUUGAUCUUCCCAGAGAGAAAAACAUCGACAGCCAAUCUUCAAAGAAAAUCCUUAAUCUGUUACUUGAUGGCAAUUAAUGAAUCCCUUAAAAUUCCCAGUACAGAUAAAGUUCGCAGACAUCUCGUUCAACCUAUAUUUGGUAGUAUUUUGUCACAUUUUGCUAAAGAAAUGUAUAAUGCGUGUAUGAAGCCAAUGGACAUGCAUGCUUUUAAAGUUCAACUGAAUCCCAAGUUUAUAAGAGCUGAUGAUCAGACAACCAAUGGUACUGGUGGAAACUUUGUAUCAGUAUCUGCUAAAAGUCCAACAAACAUAAAACUUUGCUUGAAAAUUAUUCAGCAGUCAUUACAUUUGGCGAUAAAUGAAAACAAAUCUGACUGGACAAACUAUUAUUACCUUUCCAAAGUUCAAAGCAAAUUAAACUUAGAAGCAGAGCUAGUGUUGGAUACCUUAAUAUUGGCAGCAGAGUUAGCAACAGAGCAAUCUAACCCCGCGGAUCCGAUAGUCGAGCCCCAUUAUAGACUAUGCUCUUUAAUUUACAAAUAUGUCAAAAGUGAUAAAAUCGAUGUCGAAAGAGGAUUAGCGUUUUUGAAUCUCGACAAGAUAGUUACACCACCUACGCCAUACAUGGGUGGGCAAUCAAAGGAGCAAUUUUAUACAUAUGUCACUUUGUGCCUAAAGAGGGUAAUGCAUUACGACAAGAAGAAAUGGCAUCAUAAGCCAAGAUACAGAUUGUCUAAAAUUUAUUAUGACGAUCUUAAUGAAAGCAAUGAAGCAAAAGAAGAAAUGGGGAACAUUGUCUCAUUAAAAGCAACCAGCAAAACGUUAGUCCUGAUUUGGAAACCCGAAUAUGAACGACCAGGUAAACAUUUUCAUUACACUUUUGAAUAUGCAUUAUUUUACAUAAUUAUACUUACCAAGGAAUUAAACUUGACUUCGUUGAUUCAGAUGCUCCCUAAAUUACGUCGUUCCAAUUCGACAAUGCUUUCAUUAUUUACGGCAUGGGAAACUUUGUGCUCUUCAAUUUGCAGAAUUAUCAGAGAACUGUUGGUAAUUACAGAUUCAUUCACUGAAACAUUCUUAAAUCAAACUACGUAUCAGGUUUUCAUUCUUCAUUCUAAAGGAAUGGUUGAUUUCUUGAACUCUAAAGAAAAUGAUAUUCCUGGUGAAGUGGAGAUACACCUAAGCUAUCUUUAUGCGAUUAGUGAUAUGAAAAAGUAUAAUAACGGAUAUGGACCCACAAGUUUAAUUGAUGAUACAAUUGUUUCAGUGUACAUUCGACUUUUUGAGAUAUUUUCCACCAAGUAUAAUAAAGUCAAUACCGAAAAUGAAAUCACCGACUCACCAUCUGGUCGCCCCAAAAAAUUGGCAAAACGUGAUGUUUUUCCGUUCAUCUCAGAUAUAUUGAAAAAUUCUAGAAGAGAAAUUGAAGAAGUGUUGAAGAAUAAACCAGAUAUAUUCAAUGAUUUUGUGUUUGAGUCCCUUGAGAAUGCCAAAAAACUUGAAGAGGAAGUGAAGUCUACAAAAAGCAAUGGUGACUCUGGGAGCGCAACGAUUAUGGAAAACGAUGAAGGGGAUUCUACGUCAAUUAAAGCGAAGACCCCAACUGAAAAUGAAACAGCCAUCGAUGGUUUACCCGAAAAAGAAUCAAACGGAGAUCCCUGUGAUCUUACUGAAGCUGCAACUGAAGCUAAUGCAGAUAAGGAAUCUGUAGUUGCGAGAAAUUUACCUGAACUCCAAGAAGCAGAAGCCAAAGCCGAAGACGAAGAAAAAGUUAUAGUUGUGGAUGUCAUUGAUGCACAAGAUAGCAAAAAAAGAGAUUUAACUGAGCAGGAUGGAAAUGAAAUCAAAAGAGCUAAAAUCGAGAAGGAAGUUAAUUCUGAAGUAACCGAAAUAGAUCGAAAGAAUUUGUGA